GACCACCAACAAAUGGUGCGGGCGGCCCACAACAUUUCUAUGGUGCUGGCUACCCAACACAUUUCCAUCAUGUACCUCCUCAUCACAUGCAACAUUCUCCACCACCACCAGUUUACCAAAAGGAUGAAAGAACUCAACGCCAAUAUUCUAAACUUAAACAAAAAUUGGAGCGGAAACAACAUACAAAUAGAAAUAAUGGUGUAGAAAUCAAUUCUGGAGCUAGUACACCUUCAUUAUCGCCACGUAAAGAGCUAAAUGGCAGAAAUGGCGGUAGUGGUGGCGCUUCUUCAGGCGCCUGGUCAGAAGGCGAAGGUUCUUCGGCAGGGGCUUCUGUACAGGGUGAUGAUGAUAAUGAUACACAAGCAUUUCUUGAUCUACUAUCUGCUACGCGAACCCCACAGGUUAGCGACAUAACUCCUACCAGUGCUUUAGUGCAAUGGAACUCACCAUUGCCUGAAGGAGUAUCAUUGCCAAAUGUGGAGUUGACUUAUGACUUACUUUUGGGCGACAGAGGUCGAUAUAAAGCUAUUUACAGUGGACCAUCAUUAUCAUGCAGGUUUGUAUCAAUUAUGAUUGAACAUAUGUGCUUAAAUGCUAAUAGUAUAUUUAUGGCCAAAAACACCCAAACGCUACUCAAUUUUAAGACGUCGUUACUGACAAUUCUUUUUAUAUUCAUCCUGUGAUUGUGAUGCGAUUGACGUGUAUGCAUGAGCGACUUCGAAUUGAGACGUUAUGGAACAGCUCAGUUUUUUUUCUAAACGGCAUCAAUGAUAGACAUGGGACAGUGCGAUGCAAGACUAAUCUUCCAACAUGAGUGUUUAUGUUAGCGGAGACACAAGGGAAUAUGGCAAACAACCUCAAAAUUAUAAGGAACUUUUGUUGAUGUUAAUAAUAAUUUAUAUUUUAUUAUCAUCAACAAAAGUUUUGGUUGUCCCAGCCGUGUAGUGGCGGUUUAGAAUAUCCACUACCCCAUAUAUUCCCGUGGGUGUCGUAAGAGGCGACAGUGGGAAACAGGCAGGAGAUGGGCAGCAGCAUCUUCCUGAUAACAGCAAUAUCCCAAUAAAAAAAACUGCGGUUGCCAACCCGCUCGCCAAGCGUGGCAACUAUGGUUAUAUACCCCUCAAUGAAAAAAGUUACGAAAAGACAGCCCCCAGUCCCCGGCGGCCCCGCUAUUCCUGGCUACGGUGGCGACCAUGUUAACGGCGGGGCAGGGGGUGCUAAGAAUCUCCGAUGGAGGUUCGGUUGCCACCUACGACGACUCGACCUGGCAACUUAUAACGCACGCACCCUGAGGACUGACGAGAAGAUCCUGGAGCUGGAAGAAGAGAUAGACAAGUUGCGCUGGAACAUUAUAAGAUUAUCCGAGGUCCGAAGAGACGGGGAGGACACGGUAAUCCUCGAAUCCGGCAACUUGUUCUAUCACCGGGAGGGCGACCAUCUAUCCCAAGGAGGUGUCGGAUUUAUCGUCCACAAGUCUAUUGUUAACAAUGUUGUAAAGAUUGGGAGUGUGUCGACGAGGGUUGCGUACCUUAUACUCAGAAUUACCAAACGGUAUUCGCUGAAGGUCAUACAGGUUUACGCACCAACCUUGGCACACCUCGAUGAGGAGAUGGAGGAAAUGUAUGAUGAUAUCUCUAGAGCCAUGCAUUCCUCCAAAACCCGCUAUACGGUGUUAAUGGGAGACUUCAAUGCAAAACUAGGCACAAGAGAGAACGGUGAACUGAAAGUAGGGAAAUUCGGAAUAGGGCAACGGAACCCAAGGAGCCAGCAGCUGGCCGACUUCAUGGAGAAAGAGGGACUCUUUAUGAUGAACUCUUUCUUCCAGAAGAGGCCCCACAGGAAGUGGACCUGGUCGAGCCCCGACGGUUCGACAAAAAAUGAGAUUGACUUCAUUAUGACGACCAGACCACAACUGUUCAGUGAUGUCUCUAAAACUAGUAGCGAUUCCGAAGAUAUUCCGGACGUCAGUCUGAGCGAGAUUUUCUAAUCUCUUAACUUUACCUUAGUGUCAACUAGCGACAUCUGGUCAGCAGAAAGUUAUUAGCCAUCAUUAUAAAAUACUUUGAUCUCUGCUUGUGUCAUACACUGAGCACUAUAAUCCUGUCCUGCGCCGAUGGCUAGUCUCCGUUGAGGCCGGCCGGGAAAUUCGGUCUGGAGGACAUUAUUAUUAUUAUUAUCGAAUUGUAGAAAUCGAUAGGGGUGGCAAAAUUUUAAUAGCCUGCAGACGGCAAAUAUGUAAAUACGCCACUGUCCAAGAGCAAGUCUUAUCCGACACUAUUCCGAUUAUAUUCCGGACGUCAGUCUGAGCGAGAUUAGAAUCCAUUAGCUCCAGCACCUUAAAAACGGCAAGUCCCCAGGCGAGGAUGGAAUUACAGCGGAGCUUCUGAAAGCGGGUGGAAAACCGGUACUUGAAGUCUUUCAGAAGCUCUUUAAUUCCGUCCUCCAUGGUGGUAAUACUCCGGAGGCGUGAAGCAGAAGUGCGGUGGUCUUGUUCUUCAAGAAAGGCGAUAACGCUCUCUUGAAGAACUACAGACCGAUUUCCCUUCUGAGCCGCGUCUACGUGCUGUUUUCGAGAGUCAUUACGAAUCGUCUCGCACGCAGACUUGACGACUUCCAGCCUCCCGAACAAGCCGGUUUGCGAAAAGGCUUUAGUACCAUAGACCACAUACACACUCUUCGGCAAAUUGUACAGAAGACAGAAGAGUACAAUCUGCCACUUUGCCUUGCGUAUGUGGACUAUGAGAAAGCCUUUGAAUCCGUCGAAAUUUGGGCGGUGCUACAGUCCCUUCAGCGUUGCCAAGUUGACUCGAUAGUCAACUUGGCACCGCUGAAGUAUACCGAUGUAUAUCGAAGUGCUGAAGUGUUUGUACAGUAGGGCUACGAUGGCUAUCCGAGUACAGAACCAGAGUACGAAACCUAUCCAACUGCAGAGAGGUAUGUAAGACAGGGCGACGUUAUAUCCCCGAAACUCUUCACCGCUGUAUUGGAAGACGUUUUCAAGCUACUGGACUGGAAAGGAUACGGUAUUAACAUCAAUGGCGAGUACAUCACUCACCUUCGAUUUGCCGACGAUAUAGUCCUUAUUGCAGAAUCGCUGGAGGAUCUAAGCACUAUGCUCAAUGACCUCAAUAGUGUCUCCCAACGGAUAGGUCUUAAGAUGAACAUGGACAAAACAAAGAUCAUGUUUAAUGUCCAUCUCACACCUAUGCCGGUUGUCGGGGGCACUAAGCUCGAAGUUGUUGACGAGUAUAUAAUUAAUAGAAUCAGGCGUUACUUUGCGGAAAUCCAUUAUAUAAAAGCUUUUACAAAAACUUACUUCGCAAAUAUCCGCGUUAUAAAAUAAAAUGAUGUGUCUUACCUAGUAUGAAGAAGCACCUCCCGCCCUCCCUCAAUAGCGUGCACUAUCCCCGUCACCACUAAUCCCAGCACCGCUACUUCCAACACCACUACACUAGGCAAGACACACCACUGACGAUAAUACGACACGUGUUUCGCCUCUACACGAGGCAUCCUCAGGUGAUAUAGACUCUAUGACGAGAGACCUGGGACAAAUAGUCCGACUAGGUAAGUCCCAACUUCGGCCGAGAGGUCAAUCGACGGAUUCAACUUGGUUGGGCAGCGUUCGGGAAAUUACGGCAUAUUUUCUUGUCAGGUAUACUUCAAAACUUGAAAACAAGACUAUACAACCAGUGCGUGUUGCCAGUGAUGACCUAUGGAACUGAGACGUGGUCUUUCACUGCUGGCCGGAUGAGGAAGUUCAAGGUUGCUCAGCGAGCUAUGGAGAGGGCUGUGCUCGGAGUUUCUCUGCGUGACAAACUUAAAAAUGAGGAUAUCCGCAGUGGAACCAGAGUGACCGACAUAGCCCAUCGGAUUAGUAAGCUGAAGUGGCAAUGGGCCGGCCAUAUAGCUCGAAUAACCGACAACCUAUGGGGGAAAAAAGGUUCUCGAGUGGCGGUCUCGUACGGCGGACGAAGUGUAGGGCGUCCCCCCACUAGAUGGAGUGACGACCUGGUAAGACGUGUAGGAAGUCGAUGGAUGCAGGUGGCUCAGAACCGUGUUUUGUGGAAGGGCUGUAAUGAUGACGAUGAUGAUGAAGAGUUGUCCUAAAUUGUGGGAUAUGAAAAGUAUAGUAUACAUGAACAAAAACGAGACAAAUGUUUUUUUUUUAACAAAAUAGUAGUAUAAUUUAGUCCUCUUUUGGUUUUUGCUACGUAGAAAAAUACUAAGUACAAGAAAUAAUUAUUCAAACUAUAAUUAGUCAGUAAUUUCACAAACUAAUGUAAAUAUUAUCUUAAAGUUAUGUGUCACAUUGUUUGUCCGCGAUGAACUACUGAACUGAUGAAAUACUGAAAUGAUUUCAAUGAAAUUAUGCAUACUUUGUGCAGUUUGGUCCAAAUUGAGAGAUUUAUCCCGACAAGUGACCCUCAAUUUUUUUAUUGUUAAUUUCAAGAGUUUUUUUACGAAAGCAAAUGGUCGUCGGAAAGGGCUGAACAACGUCUGCCUGGUCAGCUAGUAAUAUAU